AUGGACAACGAAUAUCGUUCAUACUCAUCUACUUCCUAUAUAAAACCAGAUGAUCGUGAAUCCAAAUACAAAUACCAAGCUACUGAACCUUCAAAAGGAAAGCCUCCAAGAUUUAUAGCAGGAGAAACUUUAGAGCAUUCAGCGCAUACAAGCCUUUUUCAAUUUUUAUUUUCUGUCGAUUCAGUACUGAAAUCACUGAUGGAACGUGAGUUUCCAGCCUCUUCAUUCCUAGAAAAGCUUAAAGUAACUUUUAUUUAGCAACUGGCAUUAAGUUUCAAUUAUUCAAAUGACGCUGCAGCUAUUUUAAAUUUAAGUUCUUUGCUUCCUUACAUGUCAGCGUCGUUGAAAUCAUUAAAGACGAGCCCAGCGGAGAUUUUUUUGUUUCUUAUUGAAGAAUUCAUGACGCUAACUCCCCCCCCCCCUCCGUGAGCGAACAAAAAAAUUUUGUUCGCUCACGGAGGGGGGUUAAUUUUUUUUUUUAAAAAAAAUUUAUAUAUAAAUUUUAUAAAAAAUAUUUUUUUCGAAAUUUUAAAAAAAUCCUAAUUUGCAAAAAUUGGGAAGCAAAUAUUAAUUUAAUUUGCAAAAUUUAUGUUUUAAAAACGCAAUUUGUUUAAAAAUUAAACAGAAUUAGCUCUAGAUUUCAUUAUACUAAUUAUCACUUAUAUAUCAAAAUUUUUUUCCAUUAAAAUUUUUUCUAUUAAAAAAAUUUUUGUUCACUCACGGAGGGUGGGUUUUUGGUCAAAAAAAUAGCGAUUUUUCUAAUGGUUUUGUUCGCUCACGGAGGGGGGGGGGGAGUAAGAGGUUUUGCAGAGCAUCGAAAGCCUGACUCAUUUUUUAUGCUAAAUUAGAUAUUAUCAAAUUAUUUUUUUAUAUUUUUUAAUAAUGAAAAUACAAUAAAUAUAGUAUACAUUGUCUAAUGAAGAUUCCCCAUUUAUAGUGGCUUCUUCAUUAAGUUUAAGAGAAAGUGAUAGCUGGAAAUCAGCUAUAGAAGAUGCAAUUGGUAAAAGGAUGAUGCCAGCUGCAUUUGUAGUAGAAAUGAAGUGGGAAAAUGAGCCAAAUAGUGAAGAAAUCGCAAGGAAUUUUAAAGGUAUGCCUCAGAUCACCCAGGGAAGGGAUGAAUUUGAAGUAUCAAGCUGAAUUGGGUUCAAUGGACAUUUCUAUAAUCCUGCGUGCCUAUAUUCUGAUAAGUGGACGCUAUAUGAAGAAUUUGGCACAAAUGAUAAUUUAUCGUGGCUUCAGCUAGCAUGGGUUGCAGUCAGCAGAAAUAUAAGGCCAGUUAUGCUAUUUUUUAGACAAAAACGAGAAUAUAAGCCAACAUCUCAAUAUAUCGCUUCUACGGAUUUUGAUAAGCUCCUUACUCUCACCUAUCCUUGAUUAUCCGAGAAAUAGACUGAUGAAGGAUGGGGUUAAAAAAAUAGGAUAAAAAAAUAUAUAAUUUUAUUUAAAAUUUUAUUUUUUUAUGCAUUAGUCAUCAUAAAUACAGUAUUCAAUAUAUAAGGAAAUAUGCUAUAAUUCUAUUGGAAAUGUGGAGAACCUAUUAUACUGUAUAAUUUUCAAGAUUCAUAACUAACGAAAUAGGUAAUUAUAUUUGAGGAUGGGCGCUUACUAUAUAGAAAUUGUUCGAUUAAGGAUUAGGGAGCUAGGUUCGCCCAAAAAAAAGAUGAAAUAAAUCGUUCUUAUGAACAAAAUUUCCAAAAAAGAGAAGAAAUCGAAAGAACACCUGAGCAAUAUUAUCAAAAAAGAGAAGAAAUAAAUAAAGAAUCCUACCAAAAGCGCGAAGAAGCCGCCAGACCUGCAAAUCCCUUAUUCCAAAAAAGAGAAGAAUUAAACAGAACAGCUGACCCUUAUUACCAAAAAAAAGAAGAUUACAUUCCUUAUACCCAAGAAAUCCCUCCUAAGCGAGACGAGCUUAAUAAGUCAGCUGAGAUUAUUUCUCAAAAGCGAGAAGAGUACAAUUUGCCUUAUAAACAAUAUACUCCCAAUCGUCUUGAACAAAGCAAAGUCCCAGAAUAUUAUUCAACCAGACCUUCAGAAAGCUAUAAAAAAUAUGAUUAUCCUCCAGAGCCCAAAAGAGAUGAAUAUUCAAGACAGCCAGAUUCUUUUAGAAAAGAGCCCCCACAAGAUUAUACAGCCCAGCCUGAAUCUUAUAGGCAAGAAAAUAAAUACCCUAAAAGUAUGAGCAUAGACCAAUCUAGAGAUAGACAAAAAAUUUUUGAAAAAAAUAUUUCAACACUGGAAAGUCCUAGACUUAGCUACCAAGAAAGCCCAAGAUCAUAUAAUCAAGAGAGUUCUCCAAAAAGAGAGGCAGCUGAAUCUACAUGGACUUGUAAAAAAUGCUCAAAAGAAGGAAAUUCUGAUACUUUUGAAUGCGCAGGGUGCAGGACAAUAAAUUGGGACAAAUUUUAUGAAAUAAAAUCCAAAGCAGCCCCAAAGCCUACAUCACCACAAAAAACUGAGGACAAAGGAAGGUACACCAUAAGGGACAAAAAAGAUGACCUAUUAAGCCAGAGCCAGUUUGAAAGCCGAGAAAAUUUAUAUAACAAGCCAGCGUUUCCAACUAAUGAAAACUCAUUCAGCAGAACUUUUUAUGGGGACGUCAGAGAAAAUAUGUACUCAACAGAUUCUUUCGAUAGGAAAUACAAUAAAGAAGAAUUAAGAAAUAAGCAGGAUGUAGACUUAAGGGCGAGUUUCCAAAGAAAAAGUGAUAAUACCUCUUAUAACCGCAAUGCCAGUCCAAAAUCUUUAUCUGCAUUAUUAGAAGGAGGCGACCCAAAUCCUGAUACCGAAUAUAGAGGCAGAGAAAGAUAUAAAGAAGACCAAGAUUCAUCAAGAAAAAGAAAUAUGAGCUCCAAUGGUUUUGAAGACCGCUUAUCUUAUACCUCAAUUAUAAAAAAGCCUGAGUCUAGCUAUAAUACUUCGACAGCUAGAGAUGAAGAUAUUUAUUCAAGCAGAGAUGCAGGAAAAAUGAGAGGAGUAAGCUCAGCUGCCAAAAUUUCGACUGAAAGAGUAAAAAAUACAGAAACUCUUGACAGGUCUUAUGGAAGGACUGUUACUUUUGGACCAGAUCCUGACAGACCUGUAUUAAAAGAUUCAGUUUCUAGCAAAGAUUUAGCGAAAGAGUAUUCGUAUAAGCCGAGUGAGCUAAGGUCGAAACCUAUGGAAAAAAAUGAUGCAAAGUGGAGCUGCCAGGAAUGCAGGACUCAAAAUUCGUCAAUGUUUUAUUUGUGUAGCAAUUGUAGAAAGCCAAGACCAAAAGAAUUUGAUUUUCCAAGCCAAAAGAGUGAGGAGUCUUUAAAUAGAUGGACUUGUAUUGGGUGUAAAUCCACAAAUUCUAUGUACUCAGAAUCAUGCUGGAAAUGCAAAAGGCCGCAACUAAAACAAAAUUUAGGGAACGAAAUAAAAGUCCAAGAAGACUACGUUGAAGAGCCCAGAUACACUUUUCCAGAAAGAGGGAGGGAAUUUAAUUAUCAAUCUAAGUUAAGAUAA